UGAAAAGAUCCUGGCCACUACUGAGAUUUCCGACAGUACUUUAAGGUGACAUUUCCACAGCUCCGUUCAAACUUGUUAAGCAGUAGAAGUGAGGAAAAUCAAAUAUGAAACACGUCGUUGAUGUCACUGCAGCGUCUUUGGGAGCGAUCCUACUUCUGCUUUGCAUCUCUUCCAUCAGAGGUGACUUCUGUGAGGUGAAUCACUGCUACAAUGGAGCAACAUGUGUGACCGGUGUGGGGGAGGAGCCUUUCAUCUGUAUCUGCGCGGAUGGCUUUGCAGGAGACACCUGUAACCUGACAGAGACAGGUCCUUGCAGUCCUAACCCCUGCAAGAACGAUGGGACGUGUGAGGUCAUUGCUUCGUCGAGAAGAGGAGAUGUUUUCAGUGAAUAUAUCUGCAAGUGCCCGUCUGGCUUUGAGGGGGUGCACUGCCAGACGAAUGUAAAUGACUGUGCAAUGGAGCCUUGUAAAAAUGGAGGGACAUGUCGGGAUCUUGAUGGCGACUACACCUGCAACUGCCCGUCUCCAUACGUUGGAAAGCAGUGCCAGCUGCGUUGCAUUUCUCUUCUUGGAAUGGAAGGAGGAGCGAUUUCCGAGUCCCAGAUUUAUUCUUCCUCUGUGCACUAUGGUGUCCUGGGUCUGCAGCGCUGGGGCCCAGAGUUGGCUCGACUCAACAACCAAGGCAUCGUCAACGCCUGGACGUCAGCUGCGCAUGACAGGAACCCAUGGAUUGAGAUUAACAUGCAGAAGAAGAUGCGUCUGACGGGCAUCAUUACUCAGGGAGCCAGUCGCAUGGGUGCAGCUGAGUACAUCAAGAACUUCAAGGUGGCGAGCAGUCUGGAUGGAAUCAGCUACAUCACUUACAAAGCGGAAGGUCAACGGCGGGAUAAGGUUUUUGUUGGAAACUCUGACAACGACAGCACAAAGACCAACCUUUUUGAUCCGCCUAUCGUGGCCCAGUACAUACGCAUCGUCCCUGUGGUGUGCCGCAGGGCCUGCACGCUGCGCAUGGAGCUGGUGGGUUGCGAGAUCCACGCUUCUUCAAACACGGCAGGUUGCACAGAAGCUCUGGGAAUGAAAUCCCGUCUCAUCUCAGAUGAGCAGCUCUCAGCCUCCAGCUCUUUCCGGACGUGGGCCAUCGACGCCUUCACCUGGCACCCUCAGUUUGCCAGACUGGAUAAAAUGGGAAAAACAAAUGCUUGGUCUCCAGCACACAACAACCGCUCAGAGUGGAUCCAGGUGGAUCUGGAGAGGACAAAACGCAUCACAGGCAUUAUCACUCAGGGUGCGAAGGAUUUUGGGGUGGUGCAGUUCGUCUCGGAGUUUAAAGUUGCAUAUAGCGACGACGGAAAGUCGUGGACUGUGGUGAAGGAGGAGAACACUGACAAUGAAAAGAUUUUUCAAGGGAACAUCGACAACAACACCCAUAAGAAGAAUAUUUUUGAGCCCCCAUUUUAUGCACGCUAUGUGAAAAUUAUUCCUUGGGAAUGGCACGAACGCAUCACUCUUCGCCUGGAGCUGCUGGGGUGUGAUGACUAGAGACUUACUCCAGGAAUCCAAGCCAGGGUGGAUAAUGGAUCCUAAAAAAUGUUUAAUUUUUGCACUCGACAGAGAUCAAGUUCACCCAUUAGCUUGGACUUUUAACACUUGUAGCACUUUCUAACUAGCGUAUUAAGGUUUACACAUAAUGAUCAGUGCAACUUUGUAUUUUUACUUAUAGAAACUUCCUUAAAAAAUGCCCUACAAUCAAUCCUUUGGAGACACUAACAUAUAUUAUUUGGAAAGCUAGACAAGUGAUUGACAGAUCCCAUCACCUGAUGGAUCAACGUUUUCCAUUGUUGUUCGUUCAGCUGCUGUUUUGUUACUUGAGCGCAUAUGGCGAUUACAGAGUAAGUACUCACUAAACAUGUGCACCAAUGUGGGACAAUAAGAAUUUUCACUUCUGUGUUUUUAACAAGUUGCCACACUUUUCUGCUUCCUUCUCAAGUUUAACUGUAAUUUAAUACAUUUUUUAACAAAUGUGAAUAUGAAGAAAAUGAGUUUGUUUUUUUAAAGUUCUACAUUUGAAUUUUUUUAUUAAUUGUUGGUCUUGAACAUUUAAUAAAGAUUAAACAAAGUC